AUGACGGAGGUGGUUCCGUACACUGACCGAAUCAACUUCAACGUCCUUAACUACCCACCAAUCUCCCAAGUCACGGAGGCUUUCCCUCAAGAAGGGCAGCCCGAAAGGAAAGUGGCGAUUUGCCGCUGCUGGCAGUCGAAGAAGUUUCCCUACUGCGACGGGGCCCACAAGGCCAUGAUGCAAAACGGAGACAACGUGGGGCCCUAUGUUGCAGUCUUGCGCACCAGAGCCCACAUGCAGGAUUUGAAGAAGAAUGCGCAGCAGCAGCAGCAGCAGCAGCAGCAGCAGCAGAAGACACGAGCAGCAUUUCGUGUGGCCUCGCGGAUAGCAAAAGGCUCUGCAGUAAUUGCCGGCGUUGCAACUGGGGCUUUGGGGGGCUACCUGGCAGCAGAUUUGCUGCAAAGGACUUUCCGCAAAAAGGCGCAGCAGCUCAGCAGCUCCACCAGCCAGCUGCUGCCAGACUUCAAGCCAGCAGCUGCCUAG